AGAUUAUAUGGGGUGGGGAGAUGGAUUAAAAAUGGCGGAGUAUAGAAUACUCAUAUAUUUAGUGCCUUAUCGCAACGUGAAAAGGGAUAACUUUCUUUCGAUUCAUGAGAAUGGCCAAAAUGAUAUUUUAUUUCGAUCUAAUCCAAAUUUCCUCGGACUGUUCCUUGUGUAUAUAUAUGUGAAUUUAUUUUUUUUAACGUGAUUUAUUAUAGAUAACACGUAGACACAGGUGCAGCUGUAAUUUUUAUAUCAUUGUUAUUGCUGACCGCUCCACAUCAUCAUGCCUAGAUAUUCGACAUUGAAAGCUGACAAAGUAAAAAAAGAGCGUCUUUCAUUUCAUUGUAAAAAACGCAUUAUUGCAUUGUACAAGAAUAAACAAAAAUAUAGUGUGCAAAAAACUGUGUCAGAUUCCUUGAAGGAUGGAAUAUUUGUUACUCUAAAUGAUGAAUUAGUGGAACUUACUGCACAAUUUGCGGAUAAAUUCAAAGUCUCUCCCAAUAUUCAAAUGAUGACAUGGAAACGUACAAAGAACCAUAAGAUUUUGACAAGUGAAAAAGUACAAGACGCAUUGAAUUUCUCACAAGAUAAUACAAAAGAUUUUAUACAACAUGGAGAUGUGUCGCAAAUAUCUUUGAAUCCUAAAUUAAAAAUUGUAAAGACUACAAAUCGACUUAAUAUUGCACAGAGUAAAAACACUAGUAUGAAAGACAAAAGAAAAGACAAUAGUACUUUGAUGUCUACUGACAACGAAUUGAAAACCAAGAACCAUUUAAUUAUAAAUCAGGCCAAUAUACGUGAUAAAUUGAAAUGUUGGAAGAAAAAUAAGAUGGAAAAAUCUAUAAUGAAUCCAGUAAUAAAUGAAUCCAGUAUGGAUAAUGUAUCAAAAGAAUAUUGUCAGGACAAGGAAAGUUGUAAGAGCAAGGAAAUAAUAAAAAACAAUACAGUAAAAGGAAGAAAGAAUGCUCAAAAAAUGGUGAAAACAAAGCAAAUAUUUUCAGAUUAUAUAUCUGUAUCAAAGAUGAAAAAAAUUUUGAAAAAGCAAACUUCUGACAAUGUACAAUAUGUAAAAGGGAACCUUCGUGUGAAUCCUACUUCCUCUAAAUAUGCUUACUUACGUAUGGAAAAUGAAGGAGAGCGUGAUUUGUUAAUUAUUGGUACCUACAACAGAAAUCGUGCUUUUGAUGGAGAUUUAGUUGUGGCACAUAUAAAUCCUGAAAAAUAUUGGCAUAAAUUUCCCGAUGGACAAAUACAAAAAACUGGUAAAGUCAUUUGUAUAUUAGAAAAAGUACAUUCGAGAAGAGCAAUUGGAUGUUUGAGGAAAAAAGAUUCUUUUAUGCUGCUUUAUCCAAAAGAUCAAAGAAUACCAUUAGUAGUUCCUGAAUCGAUACCAGUCUUAUACCAUAGCCAACCUGAUCUUUAUAAGAAUGUGAUGUUUCUUGUUAGUAUUGAUUCUUGGGAACAGAUAUAUGCAUCAGGACGAAUUCUUUCGGUGGUUGGUAAAGUUGGCGAAAUAGAAGCCGAAUUACAGGCAAUAAUACUUGAACAUAAUUUAGAUGUAUUACCAUAUCGAGAAGAGUUAUUAGAAGAACUUCCAGGUAGUGAUUAUAUUUUAACGGAUGAUGAUAUGAAGGAUAGGGAAGAUUGGAGACACGAAUGUGUUUUCACAAUAGAUCCUGCAACAGCUAUUGAUUUGGAUGAUGCCAUUUCUUGUAAAGUCUUAGACAAUGGAAAUUAUGAAGUUGGAGUGCAUAUAUCGGAUGUUACACACUAUUUAAAAUUUUCUUCUCCAUUAGAUAUGGAAGUUUCUAAACGAGCUACCAGCAUUUAUUUGCCACACACCACUUACCACAUGCUACCUGAAAAGCUCUGCCAAAUUUGUUCUUUAUCAGCUGGUAAAGAUAGAUUAGCUUUUUCUGUAAUUUGGGAAAUGACAUCAGAUGCUGAAAUUGUGAAACAUCAUUUUGCAAAGACUAUAAUAAGGUCAUGUUGUCAACUGUCUUAUGACAUGGCUCAAGCCAUGAUUGAAAAUCCAGAAAAAACUCAAUUCCAAAAUUCUCUCAACAUAAAAGGAAAUUACACAGUGUCAUCAUUGUCCAAUGUAGUGAAUAAUUUAUUUAAAUUAUCUAAUCAAUUGCGAAAUAAACGAUUUGAUAAUGGUGCACUCAGAUUAGACCAACCAAAAUUACAGAUUUGUACAGAUACUACACUUAGUCAAGAACAGGGAAUUCCAAUACCUGUAAAUUAUCAUUUGGAGGAAAGAAAAGAUAGUAACAGCCUUGUAGAAGAAUUUAUGCUGCUAGCAAACGUAACAGUCGCUACAAAAUUGUAUACUGCAAUUCCGGAGAUGGCUUUAUUACGUAUUCAUAAAGAUCCAUCCAAAUAUUCUCUUAAUACAGUUUGUGAUACAUUGCGAAAAUAUGGAAUUCAUUUGAAUGGUGAAACAGCAAAAAGCUUACAAGCCAGUAUCCGUCAUUACGAUCCAGAAUAUAAUGCUAUUUCAGUUAAUAAUUCUAUGAAAUAUAUUAUGACGGUCAUUAUAAAUCUGUGUUCAAAGACUAUGAUGCGUGCAGAAUACAUAUGUUCAUCCACCAUUUCUUCAUUGCAAGACUUGAGACAUUAUGCGUUAAAUGUGCCUCUUUACACACACUUUACCUCUCCUAUUCGUAGAUAUUCUGACUGUGUAGUUCAUCGUUUGCUUCAUGCAGCAAUAGAAAAUAAAUCCUUAUCAGAGAAAUGGACAACUAAGUUGUGUUCAAAGAUUGCAGCCAAUUGCAAUGCAAAGAAGUAUAGUGCAAAACUAGUGCAAGAACAAAGUACAGAAUUAUUCUUUGCUCAUAUGGUAGGCCUUGCAGAUGGUUUUGAUGCUUCAGCUAUUGUAUUGUAUGUGAAGGAAGAGGGAAUAGAAGUUAUUCUCUGUGAUAUUGGCAUAAAAUUAAGAGUAGAUCUUAAAGAAAUAGAACAUACUGCCACAGUGAAGUAUUUAAUGGAAUAUGUACCAACUAUAAUUGUUAGUUGGAAAGAACAGUCUUCUACUGCACAGGUAAUCAAUUUAUUUAGUUUGGUACAUGUACGAGUAGAGAAAAUUAAAGAAGAAUUGCGUUUAAAAGCGACUCUUUUACCACCGCUAUAGUAACAGACGAAAAUUUAUACAUAUUUUUACAUAAUUUUUUAAAAUUG